GGGCUCAUAGGGAGAGAGUAGUGCUGGCUGAGGGAGGGUGGUCCUGCCAAGCAUCUACUAAGGGGGGCACAUCUGCAAAUGGUUCUAAAAAUCCCUCUCCGGAGAUCUCUCAGCCUGAGCCCCGAACAUCAGCCCUCUGUGCCCCCAGCAGACAUGACUGGACCCACUGCGCUAAAAAUGGAAGCGAAUAUCUUAGUUCUUGGUGCAGACGGGGUCGGGAAAUCAGCACUGACUGUCCGAUUUCUUACCAGACGUUUCAUCGGAGAAUAUGGCGAGCUUGAAUCUAUAUAUAGCCACAACGUUUUGGUGGAUGGAAAGGAAGUCAUCUUUAAUAUCUGGGAUUUUCCAUAUUCAAAGGAGCCUACAGAAGAAAGCUGUGCUGAGGAGGAGAAACGUAUUCAAUGGGCAGAUGGUUUUGUCCUUGUCUAUAGCAUAUCUGACAGAGCAAGUUUUAACAUUAUCUGCCAGACAAUCCAACUCAUCAAAGCUUCUAAAGACUGUCUAGGGCCGGAGAAACUGCCCAUAGUCAUUGUGGGUAACAAACGGGAUCUCCAUCAUCUACGAACGGUGUCUAGCGAAGAAGGAAGGCUCUUGGCUCUUUCUAUGGACUGUGACUUCUAUGAGGUUUCAGCAGCAGAGGCCUAUCAUGGUGUCCUGAUGGUAUUUCAUGGAUUAGUAGACAAAAUUAAGGAGUCCAAAUUGGUUACGAAGAAGGGGACAGGAAUACGAGGCAUUGUAAAAAGUAUGUCAGCGGUGUUUGCCAGGAGAAGAACAGACUCUCUGUAGUACCGGAGAUUUAUUGUUGACAGUGACACAUGACUUAUAACAUCUGGAGUGCUUUUACCUACUUCACUUAGUCUUGACUGUGGAGUUUCUUACCGUGCAGUCUGCAUUCUGUCGAGAACUGUCGUAUUCUGUUAAUCAUUGCUCAUUUCUCAUUUAGUUAAAUGGUUUACUUAACAGCUUCUAAAGUUGUCACUGAAAUAUGGAAAAUAAGUGGAGAAGCUAGAAAUAACCUCAGCGUGCUGCAGAGCAGUGAAACCUCAGUCUGAUGAGAUUCACCACAAAUUAGGGAGAUCAAAAGAGUCCUCGGCUUUCAUCUCCCUAUUAUCUCUUAUCAGGCCUGUUGGCUCUUGCUGCUGCCUGCACUGUUUUGCUUUCAGUCAUGUAUCUCAGCUCCAUCAUUAUGUAGAUCUACAUACAGAGUGAAAGGUACAUGAAUAUGAACGUUUGGAUCCUGCCUGUUACAAUGAUUAUGCACGUAUUCCUAUUUGUGCCUUAUUUCUGAGUCUGUGGUGUUCUCACAGCAAUGUCCCAUGUGUGCACUGGGAGGAAUGCUCUUUUAUGAGGGUGAAGGAAUGUGCGGAGCAGACAUUCCAUGCUGUGACAAUACAGAAGCACCUCAUGGCUAAUUGCAGAAAUCACAAUUAACAGAUGUCUGUAUUCUUUGCAGUUUAACCAUCAAGUGAACUAGUUCAUUCCCCAGUCUGACAAUACAAAGCUAAUAGACUUCAUGCUCAACCAGUACAGCCAUUUGGGCAAAUGCCACUUGACAUUGGCAUUAUUGCCAUUCUUAUCUGUAUGAGCAGUUUUCUGCAUAAUUUUUAAGAUCUUUAGAACCCUGGUCAUACUGGGAUUAUUAUUACACUCAUGUGAAGCUGACCUUAAAGGAGAGCUCCAGUGAAAAAAAAUGUUUAUCUCGUAUGGCCAGCCUACCAAAGUAAAAAUGAUAAACAUCAACUUACCUUCUGCCGCUUCCUCGGUGCCGCCAUUAUUGCCAUUCUCUGGCCCUGGUCCCCUCCUGCCAUUUUGUGCUCAACACUAACACUGUGGUUCAGCUAAUUGCCUGCAGCAGCAAUGUCCCACAGUCAUGUAACCGUUCCGGGCCUGGCCUUCUUCCUGGCGCCUGGGCCCGUUACAGGACACUGCAGCUCAGCCUAUCACCGGCUGAGGUGGGACAUCGCUGUGGCAUCGUGGGAGAGGCGGAAGGUAAGUUAAUGCUUAUGAUUUUUAUUCUGGCAGCCUGGGCAUCGUAGUUUGCAUUAAAUGAUGGACACCAACAGCACCAGGUAGACCCCGUUGACUUAUAAAGGAUUCCUUCUGGUUACAUUGGGGUGUUUGGCGUUUUGGGAAGAACAAUAGUGCUUCAUGCUGUGCUAUUCUUCCCAUGAAAUUUGACAGAACUAUUGAUGGAAACCUUUUAAUUGUAUUGUCAACAUAGCCUUAGAUUGGUAGAAUCUGUAAAAAAGGAAAAACAGCGCUCCGUGGUGUAGUAAAAGAGAGACCUGUAUGGUAACGUAACUGCUAUAUAGCUGCUUGCCUAAGAUAGUUGUGUACCCACAUACACAACAAUGGUGAGCGUGUAAGAGAAAGGUGUCCGCAGCCAACCGGCUCAAUACAAUGAAUAAAGGAGUAGCUUCGACAGGAACGCCGGUUUCACGUUGCGCAGGACACAGAUGUCAACAGGUAUGUAAAAGCAAUAA